AUGUCAUCUCGGCCGGUCUUGCGUAUCCAUACAGUGCUCUUAACCAGCGCUGGCUCCCAAGGCCUACUGACAGGCACUUGUCCAGUAUUGCUUAGAGCCCCUGGCUGGACUUUGGGGAGUGGAUCAUGUCGCGGUUGGUGGUACCGAGGCCUGGCUUUCGGCGGCACUGAAGUUCAUUAUCCAAUCUUUCAAUGGCAAUAUAACCCUGGGAAGGAAGGUGUAUCCAACUACGCCAAUUCGCGAGAAGACGAAUUAUGGCGAAUACAGUAUCGCUCGCCGCAGAAAGGGGAGAGCCAUGAUGAUAGACAGAGGGAGUUCUGGAUGCCGGAAUAUGAGUGGGAUGCACUACGGACCUUAAUCGAAAGAGAUGGCGUUAUGAGCGAUCCACAAGAGCAGGGCAUGUUAUUGCUCGAUAAUGGGUGGCACAUAUGGGACGGCAAUGAAGGGGUGCUGGUUGAGUAA